UUUCAAAUCAAGACAUCCAGCAUGACUGGCAAUCCAUGUAAGAGACUUGCCUGGAGUGACUAUGCCUUUGAUUCAAAGCACAGACAAGAUCAUGAAAGCUCAAAUUCCCAUGAGGUCCACAAGAAGAAAUCGAAAGAAAAGGAAGGGAGACUGGCAGUCUGUCAGUGGGCCUUGGAUGUACAACCCCUCAUUUCAUCUUCUAAAUGGCUUCAACUUCAUGGGCUCAAGAGAAAUAAAUUGUCCCUCUCCCAGAUUUUGUCACAAAUUGGAUUCCAGCACAAGAAAGAUUAUGUGGCCACCUUGGGGAAACCUGUGGCUUCUCGGUAUGCAGAUGGUCUAUUUCCUCAAUACAUGAGAGCAAAAGAUGGCAGCGUGUAUAAUCUGACAGCCAAAAAAGAACUGAUUCUUCAUUUGGUGGAUUGUCUAAUGAGAGCUAUUGAGCUAUACAAGCAACGAAUGGAAUGGUUAACCAGUGAAAGCCGACAGAUAUUUGGAGUGAUUCAAGAACAGUGCAUUGUCAUUGUUUUGGAUUUUGGCACUGCAUCUCCAACUGAAUUUGAUCUAUGCUGUGAUGCCCUUUCAAUGGUCCUCUUGGAACAGGUGACCCAAAUUGCCAAAUUUAACCUCAUUCGGGCUGCUCAGGAUCUCGUGAAGUGGCAACAGAAAUCUGCUCCUGUGUCUGAACAUACUGUAAAGUCUGCUGUUAAGUGGCUUUGGAAGCUGGAUCGUAUGACAGCUGCCAGCCAUACCAGCUCUGCUAAGGCUCUGCUGGAAGCCAUGAGUGAUGAGACGGUUGAAGCUGUUUAUUUCUUUGCUGUGGGUGAUGUUCCUGGAGACACAAAGCAGCUACUUCUUCAGAAGAUUUGUGAUGGCCCCUGCCCAGUCAACACUGUAUCUUUCAAUGCCAGGGAAGAUGGAACUGUUACUUUCCUUAAGGAGCUUAGCCACUUGGCCUCUGGCAGAUUCCAUGCUUUUGUUGAGAGAAUUGACUAUAUGGAUGUUACUGGACCUGCACUAAAAUGUGAAGAGGAUGGAAACAGUCUAAUUGCCCAGAAUUCCAGAAAAGUGAAAGGGCGGAUGCCACUAGUUGCUGGUGUCCGUGAAGAUGUCUUCCUGAUCUGGAAGGAGCUGGAGGAAGCCAGGAGUACACUGACACAAGUCCAGAAAAUUUUAUCAGAAUCUGACCGGCCUGCUUCUCGAGACGCAACCAAACCCGAUCAUCUGUUACAAGAGCGUGAGUCUGAUGAAUAUUUGACUUCAGAGGAGUGGUUGCAGAAGUAUGGCUUGAAAGCUCGGAAGCUGACACUCUAUGAUGCACUUGCUGAUUGUAGUUUUCGCCAUGCAGAUGGGAUUGUUGACAUAAAAAGUAAACCAGAGGAUGAAUCUUCACAAACUGAUGCUGAGACAAGGAGGAAGAUAAUUCAUGCAAAAUAUUGUGACAAGUUUGUACAUACCUUCUGGAAAGAUGGUUCUGUAGUUCAUGUACAUGUUACUACAGAAAAAUACAAGCAGUAUGAAGAGAAAAUGAGGAUUGCUCUCAGACAAGUGGAAGGAAGGAUUAAGUGGCUUCAGCAAGGAAGCAGAGGGCUCUUUGGAAAUGUGUCUGAAGAUUAUGUCUAUAUUCUUAUUGAUACAUCUCAGUCUAUGAAGGACAAGUUGUCACUGGUGAAGGAGAAAAUAUUUCAGCUCAUACAGGAACAACUGAGAUACAAAAAGAGAUUUAACUUUGUGAAAUUUAGUGCUCAAGCAGUGGCGUGGCAAGAGAAACUAGCUGAAGUUAAUGAAAAGAAUUUGCAGGAUGCUUGGCUUUGGAUAAAAGGGCUUGAGGUUGGAACUUCCACAAAUACGCUCAAAGCUCUCCAGAUUGCUUUUGCUGAUACUGAAACUCAAGCCAUAUAUCUUUUGACUGAUGGGAGACCUGACCAGCCCCCUCAAACAAUUUUGGCUAAAGUCCAACUUCACCGUAAGAUUCCUGUUCAUACUGUAUCUUUCAACUGUGAUGAUACAGAAGCCAAUAAAUUUUUGCAUGAACUGGCUACUGAAACAGGGGGCCGAUUUCAUUAUUACAAUAUUUAUUUGACUGAUCCUGAAGCUGCAGCGGGUAUUGUUAGUGAAGAUAUGCACCUUUUAAGAAGAGAGAUCAAAAAGGGAGAAAGAGACCUAGAGAAAGUGAAGCACUUCCAUGAUGAAUGUCUGAUGACAGAUUGGUGUAACGGAGAAAAAGAUCCAGAGAACAAUAAUCACAAGCAGAUACUUGCUGUGUCUUCUGUAACUACACAUGUUCAAGAGCUGAGUACUACUCUUAACAAUAGGCCAUGCUGUGGUUCUGAAGAGCCAGCACUCACUCCGCGUCGGCGCACAGUAUGUGCCUGGCAAACAACCCGCGACAGUUCAGCCCAAAGGAAGAAAGCACUAUACGCAGAGCAAACAAAGACGAGUCUGUUGAGAAUCCUGAGCCAUAGCAUGAAAUCUAGGGAAGAAAGCCCAGAGGAAGGAGCAUCUCCUGGAAAAAAGGGCUUUUCUGACAGAAAGUAUGUGAAAUCUACAACCAUUUUCAAAGGCAAGUUACCACAACAGGAAGCUGGGAGAGGGACAGAUGCUAAUAUUUCUCAUAACAGAUUUGAAAUCAGUGGUGCCUCAUUUGAGACAGAACUAUAUCUGAAAAUGCAGAAGGAUGUAAAAGGAAAACGUAAAAGUUCUCUAGAUAUCUCUUCAGCUCACUGGUUAAAGACUCAUGGCUUGGUUGCCAGGCGACUCACCAUCAUGGAUGCCUUAGCUCCGACAGCUGUCCCUCAUGGUACUAAAUACAUCCCAGUUCUGGACAAGCAUGUGGGUUCUAAGGUAUUUGAUGAGAUUUUACCAUUGGCCCAUAUUAGCAACGACAAGAAGCGGAUCACACUAAUUAAUCCUCAGGCAGUGAAUCUUGAUGCCUAUAAAGAGAAACUGGAACAAGCAAUUAAAUCCUAUGAAAGGAAAGUGCGCCUAAAUCUAAUUAUUUGGAGAGCACUACCUCAAGAUGAAAGAGACAAAUUUAAAGAGGAUGAGCCAGUCCAAUAUAUGCAGAAUAAGGAAGCUUUGCUGGAGGCUUUAGAAAACCUGGGAUGGCCAAUUUCCCAUGAAGAUGUAAUAUUGUUAGAAGAUGAGAUACUGGCAGCAUUAACAUAUAAGCAACAAGCCUCUGAUCUUCAGGAAGCUGUAAAAAAAGAAAUUGAGAACAACUCAGAAUCACACAUUAACGAUAAAAAGAAACUUGAAGAAGAAGCUGUGAAGUCCCAGUCUAAAAAAAGACAAAAAGGCAAAGUAUUUUUGACUCUCAAAAGCCAAAAGGUGAUUGCAAGAUCAGAUAUAACCGGAUUUUAUUAUCCAGGAACUGUGAUAAAGAACAUCAGUUCUACCCAUGCCCUUGUUCAGUUCAUCCAUGGGGAGACCUGGACUGUACCUGUGAAGUUUAUUUUACCUGUAGGGGGUGCUAUGCCAUGUCCGUAUCUGCAGGUUGGAGACUAUGUGUUUGCCAGGACGUGGACACAGACUGGAAGUGAUUAUUAUGUACCUGCCAUUGUUAUAUCAACCCCAAAGAGAGUGGAAAUGGAUAAUAAAUUCUACACGGUUCUGAUGUUUAACAACAGGAAAGAACACUGCGUAAGAAGUGGGCUUAUUAAAAUCAGCCAAACAAAGUAUGCCUUUUCCUGUCGGUACAUAAGAAUGGUGCAGAUGUCAGAUUAUAUGAUCCUGGACAAAGAGACCAAAAAGUCCCAUCCUCACUCAUCUCUGGAAGAUGAAGCAGGAGAAAAAGCAAAGAAAAAUAUUGUGAGAGAACAUAGGGGAAAAAAGAAAAAGAAGAGGAGAGCAGAGGACAAAAGACAUCCCAAGGAGAGAAUAGCCGACUCUGAUGAUCUUUUGUUUAUCUCCAGGAGGGAAGUAAAACACAGAGAAAGAAAUUCACUGCCUAGUGAUAAAGAGGAAUUUGAAGUCCCACCACGGAAACCUUGCUGGAGCCCGGUCGGGGCAACACCGCCAGUCCGAUCGCAGGCAACGAGGAGCAGCAAGGAGCGGCAGGACAGCCUCAGCACUACUGCACACAGCGUUAAGGAUGCAUGA